GCUGCACAGAGCAGCGUGAUAGGCUGGUGUAGAGGGGAACUGCAGCACAGCAGCACCGCUGUGGGGGGAAACAGCAGCAGCUGAAGCAGCUGAAGCAGCCGGACGAGGACAGUCUGUCCCGCUAAUGAGCCUCCGAUCCGACGCUUUUCUCCGGAGACGCGCUCGCUUCCUGUGUUAUUUACCAUGACAACUGAAUCAGGCGCAGACUCGGAGGCGAAGCAGCCGCAGGAGAGCAAGGAGACGGCGGCCGAGAAAUCAAACGCAGCAGGCGAGCCGACCUCCCCACAGAACCUACCGGAGAAGCUUCCAGCCGCCGUCGGACACAGCACCCCGGCCAAGAAAGAGCAGGAGCAGCAGGGAGAGGAUCAGGUGUCCCACAGGUCGUCCACCAGUCGUCUGUCCAGGUCUCCUUUAAAAGGAAUCAAGAAGGUGAAGAUGAUGCAGUGUAAGAUCGCUCUGAUGGACGGCUCCGACUACAUGGUCGAGGUGGAGAAACGGACCAAGGGUCAGGUUCUCUUUGAUAAAAUCUGUGAACACCUCAACUUGUUGGAGAAGGACUACUACGGCAUCACAUACAGAGAUAUAGAGAAUCAGAAGAAUUGGUUGGACCCUUCCAAGGACUUGAAGAAGCAGAUCAGGAAUGGUCCCUGGAACUUUGCUUUCAAUGUGAAGUUUUACCCUCCAGACCCCUCGCAGCUGAGCGAAGAUAUCACAAGGUACUACCUGUGUUUACAGCUGAGAGACGACGUGGUUUCGGGCCGCCUGCCCUGCUCCUUCGCCACCUACACGGUCCUGGGCUCGUACACGGUCCAGUCGGAGCUGGGAGACUACGACCCCGAGGAGCUGGGCAGCGACUACAUCAGCGAGCUGCGCUUGGCACCAAACCAGACCAAAGAACUGGAGGAGAAGGUCAUGGAACUCCACAAGACUUACAAGGGGAUGACACCGGCUGACGCAGAGUUACACUUUCUGGAAAACGCCAAGAAGCUGUCCAUGUACGGUGUGGACCUCCAUCAUGCCAAGGACUCCGAGGGAGUGGAAAUCAUGCUGGGGGUUUGUGCGAGCGGCCUCCUCAUCUACAGGGACAGGUUGCGGAUCAACAGAUUCGCGUGGCCCAAAAUCCUCAAGAUUUCGUACAAGAGGAACAACUUUUACAUCAAAAUCCGGCCCGGCGAGUUUGAGCAGUUUGAAAGCACAAUUGGCUUCAAGCUUCCGAACCACCGUGCUGCCAAAAGGCUGUGGAAAGUCUGCGUGGAGCACCACACCUUCUUCAGGCUCGUGUCUCCAGAGGCCCCGCAGAAGAAGUUCCUGACCCUCGGCUCCAAGUUCCGCUACAGCGGCAGGACACAGGCCCAGACUCGGAGGGCCAGCUCCCAGAUCAUCAGACCGGCGCCGUUCUUCGAACGCUCCUCUAGCAAACGCUACAACAUGUCCCGCAGCUUAGACGGAGCUCCAAUUACAGAGAACCACGAGACUCUGAUGAAGGACAGCACCGCUGAUGCCAAAGUCAUUGCCAAGGGAGACAUCAUCACCACGGUAACAACGGAGAAAAAGGUGGAGGAAGAGAAAGCGGAGCAGGAGGACGUGAAGACGGAAGCCACAGAGGUGCCAGAACCGGCCGACGCCGCCGAGCUCAGAGCAGACGCCAAGUGUGUGUACACAGCCGAGCUGUCCCUCCCCUCGUCCCCCGUCCUGUCCACCAAAGUGCGGCGGCGGCGCAGGGAGAACGCUCACAAGCGGGCCUCGUCCGUCAGCCCGGCCAAGAACACGUCGGGGUGCCGGCGGCGGCAGGCCCGCGCCGACCGCCGCGCCGCCCUGCUGGAGGAGCAGGCGCUGCUGCUCUCGGCCCGCAAGCAGCGGCUGGAGCAGGGCGGGCAUCGCCACCGCGGCGUCGGCGGCGGCACGCUCUUCUCCUUCUCCCUGCACCUGCCCGACCUGUCGGCCGUCCUGGACGAGGACGGCUACAUCACCUUCCCCGACCUGUCCGAGAUGCACUUCCUCCCCAAGUUCGCGCAGAACUUCCUCCCCAUCAAAUCCCCGUCGCUCAUCCCCUGCUUCCUCUUCAUCUUCUUCUUCCUGCUCUCCACGUCCUUCUCCGUCCCCUACGCCCUCACUCUCUCCUUUCCACUGGCCCUGUGCCUUUGCUACCUGGAGCCCAAGGCCGCCUCCCUGACCGCCUCCAUAGCCCAGGGCUACCAUGACCAUGACAGUUCAGAGGAAGAGGAGACUGACAGCGAACACACUGACUUUGCCUUUGAUGAGAUGACUGCCACAGAGUCUGAAGCGGACGAGGAAUCCGAAUCGCGGACGCAGGACACCGAGCCUCCCCCGGAGGUGGUCAAGCACCAGACAAACAUCAGUGAACUGAAACGCUCCUUCCUGGAGACGGAUGGCAGCAUCAUGCCAGGGCUGACAGAAUGGGAGAAGAGGCUCUCUUCGUCCCCUCUACGCUCACCCAGAGCAGACGAAGCGCCCAUGAUAGAGCCGCUGGAGCCGCAGGACACUAAAGAUGAGCUGCAAACCGAGACGAAAGGGGAGGUGGGACCUAAAGGAACCGAGGCGGCAGGAUAUCUGGUGAAAUACGUGGCGGAUAGUUUCUUUACUGAUGGGGCCACCUCCUCGGGGCCUCACGGGAUUAGCUUGUCAACAACUAUGGACGAUGACGUCUUCAUGGACGGGACCCUGAGGGAAGAGGCCCCAGAGAAAACCCCCGAGUCCCAGGACGAGGUGUCGGAGAAGUGGAUGGCCAAGGUCAGCCCCGGAGCCGUCCGGCAGGAAGUGUCCCAGGCCAUCAGCGACAAGAAAGGCACGCUUAUUAUCUUGAAGGAGGGGGAGGAUAAAGCAGACGCAGAGGGCGAAGAGGCGAGUGCUUCAGUCGGAAAAGAGCAGCCUCUCGUCCCGGGGGAUUUGGAAACUGACCCCAAUGAAACCCCGUCUGCGUCUAAAGAGACUGAAACUCCCACAGAAGACACUCCCGCUGCCGCGCAAGGCCACGCUGCAGCAGUCAAGAUAACUGGCCCGACGGUGGAAAUAAUAGCCGACGACAUGACUCAGACUAAAGCUAUUGACUCUCCUAAGAAGGCCAUGGCAUCGUGGAUUUCCGAGGAGAUGAAGACGGAGGUUUCCGAGGUUUCCGAGGUCGUCAGCGCGAAGGCAAAGGCAGCAGAAGAUGUGGAGACUGCAGACGUGCUGCAGCCGAAGUCCAGUCUGACUCAAAUUACACUUUCUGAAUCUCCAGCGCCGUCCUUAGCAGUGUCCACGCUGGGAUGGGUGACCUCCUCUCUCAAGGCAUCAGCUGAUCAGGAGGAGAAGGAGGUGGUUGCCACGGAAACAGAACUGGAGCCAGCUAAGUCAACAGGGCCAACGACUGCCGAUAAUGUGGAGGCGGCUGCCAAAGACCUGCCUGUGGUCCACACGGAGACGAAAACCAUCACCUACGAGGCUGCAGAGGUGGACACGAACGGCGAUGCAGACCCGGGGGUGUUGAUGAGCGCUCAGACCAUCACCUCGGAAACCACCAGCACCACGACCACCACACACAUCACAAAGACGGUAAAGGGAGGAAUAUCAGAGACGAGAAUCGAGAAGAGGAUCGUCAUCACAGGAGACACAGACAUCGACCAUGACGAGGCCCUGGCUCAGGCCAUAAAGGAGGCUAAAGAGCAGCAUCCUGACAUGUCAGUGACCAAAGUAGUGGUACAUAAAGAGACAGAGAUCACACCAGAGGAGGGGGAGGACUGAGCCAGGAAUAACGACACCGAGGGCUAGUUUCUCUCCGGCCUCCAUCAACCCAACAUCCCCAUCUCCAACAUACUACGUCGGGACUCUCGGAAGAAGAAAGGCUCCUGCUCUCCGAACGCUGCAGCUCGCUGCUAGUCGCAAACAUCACCUGCAAUACACAUCAAUGCAUUCUGCAUGAUGAGGACGCAACGUCGCAUUAUCAAACCAACAACAAGAUCAUACCGAAAACCGUCUGAUUUCCAAAAUGGUCCUCAAUCCGUCUGCAUCCUGAAUCCCCGUUUGCAGCAAGCAGACCGUUUGCUUUCACUGCCUUAUGACUUUGAUGCAUUUUUAUGAUUAUUAAGAAUAAUUAUUGUAGCAACAUUUUAUUUAUGAGAAAAAGCCAUCACUCCAGAAGCUUAAGAUUGCUGUAGGCUGUAUAUGUUAGAGAGCAUACACUACUUAACCUUGCUGUAGAAGUGCAAACAUCAUUUGCAAAAGUGAGUCUUGCUUCACUCCCUUAAACACGGCGAUGAUUUUCCGUCAGGUAUUACCACUACACCGAUCACCGCGCAGCACUGUACAUAUCCAAGCUUCCCUCUGGAAACAGCAAAUUAUCUUCCACGGUUCAGUUGUGUUGUCUACUUGAAUUUCAUUCUCCUUUUUAUUGCAAUUUCAGUGUUUUAUUAUUGUUUCUCAUGAAUUGCUCACAUCACUGCACCUUUUCAGGUCUAUUUUACCAAAACCUAAGGAAUCAAGAUGAUUUUUUUAUUUUUUCUUGUUUUAUUUUUUUUUUUUCCUUGUCUUUUGUUUUGUUACGUGCUUUGUUCAGGCUUUGAAUGAUUUCCAACAGAAGCCCGGCUGCAGCAGGU